CUCAUUAGACUAUAGGGUAUGGGUACCGUCCCCCAUCCCGUCGAGCUCCGGCGACGCCGGCACACCACGCCGCCCCCCUCCCGUCCCGUCCUCAGCGGCAGCAUCUGGACGUUGGCGACGAUCCAAUCUGGAUUAGAUCCAGUUUCUGUUACUGAGCUUAUCCAGGUGCUUGGGACCGAUGAGUUAAAUGCAUAUUUGAACAACUAUCAGUUAGAGCUUGAACCACAACUUGAAGCUCUUGUUGGAAGGCAUAGCAGGAAACCGUGGUCCAAAUUUAUGAAUGCAGAUAAUCAGCAUUUAGCAUCUCCAGAGGCCAUUGACUUUCUGGAUAAACUUCUUCGCUAUGAUCAUCAGGACAGGCUCACAGCAAAAGAAGCAAUGGCACACCCUUACUUCAGAAAACAGCAGGAUACGGACACAGUAAUCGGGCACAGACAAAUGUUAUAGAACGACCUUGAUACAUCCGUUGUGUUUAGAUGACCCUAUCAGUAAUAAGACUCGUAUUCUGUCGUUUCUCGUUUGAUUUUUAUUUUCCUAAAUCAUAACUGUCAUACUGUUAUGUUGGUCAAAUUGAUGUUAUUUAGCCGUCUACCGUGUUUAUGUUCAAAUAAACUAAAGAUUCUUGAACAUAUCAGAUAGUUUUUGUUACUUUAAUUCACUUGUAUUAA